GGCGCGAGCAGCCGCGCAGGCCGGAGGAGGUCCCCGAGGAGCCCGCGGUCGCGCCAUGCUGGGCCUGCAGACUCUCCUCAGGGCGGGGGCCGCGGCGGGGCGAGGGGCUGGGCGGCAGGUUUCGUCAUCCUUUGCCACAGGGCCCAGACAAGGUGAUGGCACAUUCUACGAGUUUCGUACUUACACUAUUAAACCAGAUAAAAUGAAAAACUUCCUGGAACUGACCGGCAGAAACAUUCACCUUCGGACUGUGCACUCACCGAUGGUUGGAUAUUGGACCUUGGAGUUUGGAGGACUGAAUAAAGCUUUCCAUAUCUGGAAGUACGAUAGCUUUGCGCAGAGAGCUGCUGUCCGGACUGCAUUAGCCAAGGACCAAGAAUGGCAGGAAAAAUACAUGUCUCAAAUGCUGCCCUUGUUAGAUAAACAAGAGAAUGAAAUUGCAUACUUGGUACCCUGGUGUGAACUUGGCAGUCCUCCAAAGGAUGGAGUCUAUGAGUUGGUGACUUUCCAGAUGAAACCGGGUGGGCCAGCUGUGUGGGGACAGACAUUCAAAGCCGCAGUUAGCGCUCACGUCAAGACGGGAUACACUCAGCUGCUCGGAGUCUUUCACACAGAAUAUGGGCUACUUAACAGAGUUCACGUGCUUUGGUGGAACGAGAACCCAGAUAGCCGGGCUGCUGGGAGGCACUAUGCCCAUGAGGAUCCUCGGGUGGUGGCAGCUGUGCGGGAAAGUGUUCAGUUUCUGGAGUCUCAACAAAAUCUUCUCCUGCUACCGACAGGAUUUUCCCCACUGAAAUAGUUUAAAAAAAUACUUAGUGGGAGGUUAGAGUAAUUUCUCAACAGUGUUUAUAUCGCACUCUUAAAUGUUACUGUAGUCUUCACUAUUUUGCCCUUUUUACUAAACUUGGUAUAGUUUGCACUUGACUCUGCUGCUUAAACUGUUUUCCACAAGCCGUUGACAAUGAGAUGUCUUCCUUGUGCACCUCCAUUUUCAUAAAUCUGAACAGUGCGUAUCAUUCUAGGGUGCAGACUAGAUGGUGACAGUUUACUGUAUGGAGCCCCCAGUAUUCCACGUCCCCCUUUUAAAGAAGUGGUGUUUGGGACCCCAGUUGAAACUGGAUCCCCUGUGCUUUCCAGGAAUGGCCUAAUCAGGUUAUAGUUUGUCCCGCUAGAUAAAAAUAGAGGUCAUGAUAUAGGACUUGCUUGCUUCCCCAAUGGGGAAAAUGGAAGGCCUGUAGGAGAGACUUCAACAUUUCUCAUGGACUGAUUGUGUUUGGACUGAAAUGGGUUAAAAAGCAAACCUGUUUGCAGUACAAGUGUGAUGAUGAUAGGGGCCUCGGUAUUCGAGAAGUUGCGAAGCUGAACCUGUUUUUGUGUUUGUUUUCUCUCCAAAAAUAUGGGAAUGUUCUAGUCAGUUUCUGUUUAGGGUCUAAAUCAGCUUUAUUUCCUCUGUUCUCUGAAAAUGUCUGAUCAUCUUUUUUUUUUAAAUGUGUCUAUGACUUGCUACAAACGCUGUGAAUGAACUGAUGCCAGGUUAAUCAUGUAUUGGGUGAUAUGCAUGUGCUUGGAUUGUUUGAAUAAAAAUGGCAUUGGCUAAAAUGUAAGCACUGAAGUAUAAGCAAUGUUAAAACAAUGAUUUAGAUAAGUUUUUUUUUUAAAUAAAGUUAUUCUAUCUAUAA